AUGUUCGAUUCAAGUGCAGCCAAACCUCCAUCUGCCUCAUCGCUCACCGACAGUGAAAAACGCCACGUCCUCUCUCUGCUUCCCCCGGAGUCCCGGGUCGUCGCAGUAGCUUCUGCAAGGGUGUAUCACGCACCCUUCAAGGGGCGCGGGGAUGAUUGGGCCUACUCAGGCCUCCAGGGCUUGCUGGUUCUUGGAGCUGCCGUGCACUCCGAGAAAAAACUAGGCUCCAACCACGAAACGAGUUUCGUCCAAAACUACUGGUUUCGACUCAUUGACACAGCAUCUGGGAGGGGGGUCAUUUGGUCGCACUCGAUUCCUGUUGGAUUUGACUACCGGCUCGAUAAGCCGUUCUUCCAUUAUUUUUCGGGGAAGUCGAGGAUGUUUGGCUUCCGAUUCGAAGACGACGAUGAGGCCGAGAAGUUCUACAGAAAGGUCACGAGUCGCGUGCGGACAACGGUGCCGCCGUCCAGGAGAAAGCCGCUGCCCCCGACUCCACAAAAUCAAAUUUCGUCCGCGGUGAUCUCCUCUCCCUCCCCUGAAACGUGUAUCCACGUGGCCCACAUGGGCUAUAAUGAGCAAGGUUACAUUGAGGCGACCGGAAACCUCCCACCUCGCUGGAAAAUGGUGCUCAAAGAACUCCAGGGUCACAGCGUUACAAAAAAGAUGGUCGACGACGACAUCGAAUUCGUCGACGGCUUUUGGGUCGGCGUGAAAGCCGUACGCGCUGCGGCGCCGAAACCUGAGCCAGUGCAGACUCCUUCGGCGCAAAAGAGGCGCAAAACGGUUCAUCGCAAGCCAGUUCAAGUUCCAUGA